GCUGAGGUGCCGCCAAACUGCUCCUGCUGCCGGCCGAAGGGGGCUGGGUGGGCUUCCGGCGUCUUCUCGGAGCAGGAGUGGCGGCGUCUGCAGUAGCCUUGCGAGGGAGGCGAGUUGAACGGCGCCCGGCUGCGGGUGAAUGAGCGCCCAUCAGAGGCAAAGAGGGAGAGACCGAAGUGGCCGUUGGCCCCGAUUCCCUGAAGACCCGGGAAGAAGGACGAGCAUUAGAAAUGAUGUGCGAAGUGAUGCCUACGAUAAACGAGGACACCCCAAUGAGUCAAAGGGGGUCCCAGAGCAGUGGAUCGGACUCUGAUUCUCAUUUUGAACAGCUAAUGGUGAAUAUGCUGGAUGAAAGAGAUCGUCUUCUAGACACUCUUCGGGAGACCCAAGAAAGUUUAUCUCUGGCACAGCAACGACUUCAAGAUGUAAUUUACGACAGAGAUUCUCUGCAACGACAACUGAAUUCUGCACUGCCCCAGAUGACGGUUGCAGCUGGCACGAGCAUUGAGAAUAACAUUCAAAGGACCAUAUCCUGCCCUAAUGAAUUUGCUGCACUUACAAAAGAACUAAAUGCAUGCAGGGAACAACUACUGGAAAAAGAAGAAGAAAUUUCAGAAUUGAAAGCUGAAAGGAAUAAUACAAGACUGUUACUGGAACAUUUAGAGUGCCUUGUUUCAAGACAUGAAAGGUCACUGAGAAUGACAGUGGUGAAACGUCAAGCACAGUCUCCCUCGGGAGUUUCCAGUGAAGUUGAAGUUCUGAAAGCAUUGAAAUCUUUGUUUGAGCAUCAUAAGGCUUUAGAUGAAAAGGUUAGGGAACGACUAAGGGUUUCCUUAGAAAGGGUCUCCACGCUUGAAGACGAACUAGCAGCUGCUAAUCAGGAGAUUAUAGCUUUACGUGAACAAAAUGCACACAUUCAAAGAAAAAUUACAUCAGGAGAGGGACCACCUGAUACAGAGCAUAUCAAAGGAAUGGAGCCUGGACAAAAAAUUCAUGAAAAGCGUCUAUCAAAUGGCUCUAUAGACUCAAAUGAUGAAACUGCUCAGUUGGUAGAACUGCAAGAACUUCUCGAAAAGCAAAAUUAUGAAAUGGCACAGAUGAAGGAUCGCUUGGCUGCCCUGUCUUCCAGAGUUGGAGAGGUGGAGCAAGAUGCAGAGACUGCUAGGAAGGACCUCAUUAAAACUGAAGAACUAAACAGCAAAUAUCAGAGAGAUAUUAGAGAGGCUAUGGCCCAGAAAGAAGAUAUGGAAGAAAGAAUAACUACCCUGGAGAAACGUUACUUAAGUGCACAGAGGGAAUCUACUUCCAUACAUGACAUGAAUGACAAACUGGAAAAUGAACUUGCAAACAAGGAAGCCAUCCUGCGUCAGAUGGAGGAAAAAAACAGGCAGCUGCAAGAACGUCUUGAGCUAGCUGAACAAAAGCUACAACAAACAAUGAGAAAAGCUGAGACUUUGCCAGAGGUGGAGGCAGAAUUGGCCCAGAGAAUUGCAGCACUGACUAAGGCAGAAGAAAGACAUGGCAAUAUUGAAGAACGCAUGCGGCACCUAGAGGCUCAGUUGGAAGAGAAGAAUCAAGAACUUCAAAGGGCAAGACAAAGAGAAAAAAUGAAUGAAGAGCACAACAAAAGAUUGUCUGAUACUGUGGACAGACUUUUGACAGAAUCUAAUGAACGUUUGCAACUACAUUUGAAAGAGAGAAUGGCAGCAUUGGAAGAGAAGAAUGUUUUAAUACAAGAAUCAGAAAACUUCAGAAAGAAUUUGGAAGAAUCUUUACAUGAUAAGGAAAGAUUAGCAGAAGAGAUAGACAAGCUGAGAGUUGAACUUGACCAGUUGAAAAUACGAGCAGGUUCUUUAAUUGAACCCACAUUGUCAAGGACACAUCUUGAUUCAUCAGCCGAACUGAGGUACUCUGUGGGCUCACUAGUUGAUAGUCAACCAGAUUAUAGGUCUACUAAAGUGAUAAGAAGACCUAGAAGAGGUCGUAUGGGAAUCCGAAGAGAUGAACCAAAGGUAAAAUCCCUUGGAGAUCAUGAGUGGAAUAGAAGUCAGCCAGUUGGAGUUCUAAGCAGCCAUCAUUUUGAGAGUGACACUGAAAUGUCUGAUAUAGAUGAUGAUGAUAGAGAUACAAUUUUCAGUUCAAUGGAUCUUUUGUCACCAAGUGGACAUUCAGAUGCUCAGACCCUUGCUAUGAUGCUUCAAGAACAGCUAGAUGCAAUCAAUAAAGAAAUCAGGUUAAUCCAGGAAGAAAAAGAAUCCACAGAACUACGUGCUGAAGAAAUAGAAAACAGAGUUGCUAGUGUGAGUCUAGAAGGCUUAAAUCUGGCCAGGGUUCAUCCUGGAACAUCUAUUACUGGCUCAAUAACUGCAUCUUCAUUAGCAAGUUCCUCUCCUCCCAGUGGCCACUCAACUCCUAAACUCACUCCACGCAGCCCAGCUAGGGAGAUGGAUCGGAUGGGUAUCAUGACACUGCCAAGUGAUCUCAGGAAACAUCGAAGAAAGAUUGCAGUAGUUGAAGAAGAUGGCCAUGAAGACAAGGCCACAAUAAAAUGUGAAACCUCUCCUCCAUCUACACCUAGAGCCAUUAGAAUGACUCACACUCUACCUUCUUCAUACCACAAUGAUGCCAGAAGUAGUUUGAUUGCAUCCUUGGAACCAGAAAGUCUUGGCUUUGGCAGUGUCAAUAGCAGCCAGGAUUCCUUGCACAAAGCACCCAAGAAGAAAGGAAUAAAGUCUUCAAUUGGACGCUUGUUUGGUAAAAAAGAGAAGGCAAGACUUGGACAGCUAAGAGGCUAUAUGGAAACUGAAGCUGCAGCACAAGAAUCUCUGGGGUUAAGCAAACUUGGAACCCAGGCAGAAAAAGACCGAAGACUAAAGAAAAACACAUCAGGGCAUGAACUUCUGGAGGAAGCUCGGAGGAAGGGGUUACCCUUUGCACAGUGGGAUGGGCCAACAGUAGUUGCCUGGCUAGAGCUUUGGCUAGGAAUGCCUGCAUGGUACGUUGCUGCUUGCCGUGCAAAUGUGAAAAGUGGUGCCAUCAUGUCUGCACUGUCAGAUACGGAAAUCCAGAGAGAGAUUGGAAUCAGCAAUCCUCUCCAUCGCCUGAAGCUCCGUCUGGCAAUCCAGGAGAUGGUGUCCCUCACAAGCCCAUCAGCCCCUCCAACUUCUAGAACGCCCUCAGGCAACGUCUGGGUAACCCAUGAAGAAAUGGAAAAUCUCGCAGCUCCAACCAAAGCGAAGGACAGUGAGGAAGGCAGCUGGGCUCAGACCCUAGCUUAUGGUGAUAUGAACCAUGAAUGGAUUGGUAAUGAAUGGCUUCCCAGUCUAGGGUUACCACAGUACCGAAGUUACUUCAUGGAAUGUUUGGUGGAUGCAAGGAUGUUAGAUCAUCUAACAAAAAAAGAUCUCCGAGUACAUUUAAAAAUGGUGGAUAGCUUUCAUCGAACAAGUCUGCAAUAUGGAAUCAUGUGUUUAAAGAAACUGAAUUAUGAUAGACAAGAAUUAGAAAGGAGAAGGGAAGCAAGUCAGCAUGAAAUAAAAGACGUGUUGGUGUGGAGCAAUGACAGAGUUAUACGCUGGAUACAAGCAAUUGGAUUACGAGAUUAUGCAAACAAUGUGCUAGAAAGUGGUGUGCAUGGGUCACUCAUAGCCUUAGAUGAUAACUUUGAUUAUAGCAGUUUAGCCUUAUUGUUGCAGAUUCCAACACAGAAUACCCAGGCACGGCAGAUUCUUGAGAGGGAAUACAACAAUUUAUUGGCACUAGGAACAGGUAGACGCCUUGAUGAAAGCGAUGACAAGAAUUUUAGACACGGCUCUUCCUGGCGAAGACAGUUUCCUCCACGUGAAGUUCAUGGAAUCAGCAUGAUGCCUGGCUCUUCAGAAACACUGCCAGCUGGGUUUAGGUUAACUACAACAUCAGGACAGUCACGAAAAAUGGCAACUGAUGUUGCUUCAUCUCGGUUACAGAGGUUAGACAGUUCUACAGUUCGCACAUAUUCAUGUUGACAUAUCUAGCAUGAAAAAGAGCUCCGAACUGAACUAAAAUGCCACCUCUUUCUUCUAUUUUACCUGAAGUGCACUACCACCAUCUUAAGAAGCUUUUUAUUCCAAGAACAGGGUAAUAGGGAAGAAAAUAUAAAUAUUUAUCAAACUAAAAUGCG